AUGGAGUCUUCCAGCGACGAGCGCCAGCAGGUUCCCCAAUACCUCACCACAAUGUUCCGACCACCCGUGAAUCGCGCAAUGCGCACCCUUGACCGGUCAUUUUUUCGCAAGACUGUUCCCAUCAGCGCGGCCAAGAUCUUCAAGAACUCGGAUAUUUCGAAGGUGCGCGCGGAGCUUCUCAAGGCGCGAGACUUGCUGGUUGUGCCGCGGUUGAAUAUUGUGCGCGAUGUGCAAGAGGCGGAUGGAGUGAAAAAGGCCCUUUUGCUGCGGGGGGAUUUGAAGGCUGAUGAUAAAACGACUUGGUCCCCGACUAUUAGUGCGCUCGUGGAGAAGGGAACUGUUGAUGUGACGCCUUAUGACUUGGAUUUGAAUUAUGACUACUGGUCCUAUGCCGAGAUAAUUGGCGCUAUUCUCCCAGACGAUGAGUUGCAAGAGCUGCCUCAAGGGUUUACGCAGGUGGGGCAUGUUGCACACCUCAACCUUCGCGAGCAAUUUUUCCCGUAUAAAUUCAUCAUUGCCGAGGUUCUGAGAGACAAGAACCCUUCCAUUCGCACCGUCAUCAACAAGAUUGAAGAUGUUGGGUCUCAUAGCCAGUUCCGCACUUUCCCAUUCGAGGUGCUUAUCGGCGAUAACGAUCUCAAUGUUGUCCAGCAUGAGCAAGACUGCGAAUUCCGAUUCGACUACGCCCGUGUAUACUGGAACAGUCGCUUGGAGACCGAGCACCGCCGACUUGUCGACAAGUUCAAGCCGGGCCAGAUGGUCUGCGACGUCAUGGCUGGCGUUGGACCUUUUGCCGUCCCUGCGGGCAAGAGGAAGAUCUUUGUGUGGGCCAAUGAUCUGAACCCGCAUGGUUACGAGGUGAUGCAGGAUGCGAUUACGCGCAACAAAGUUCAGGACUUUGUGACGCCCUUCAACUCUGACGGCCGAGAGUUUAUCAAGUCCUCAGCUAAGUCUUUGUUGGAGGUGGAACCGGUCACUGUCUCUAUUAAGCCCAAGGUUAAGAGCCGUAGCGAUAAGAAACGCAAAAUUGAGGAGGGUCAAGAGGUGCCUGAGCCACCAGCUGAGGUGUAUACCCGUCCGUCCAUCGUGGACCACUACGUGAUGAAUCUCCCUGCUACGGCCAUUGAGUUCGUCGACGCUUUCCAGGGAGUUUACGCUGGUCACGAGUCUCUUUUUGCCCCGAACACCGCUCAACUUCUUCCUAUGGUUCAUGUCUACUGCUUCUCGGGUCACUCUGAGAACGAGGUGGAUGACCACAUCGAUAUCUGCCAGCGGUUGUCGGAGCGCAUUGGGUAUACCAUCACUCACGAGGAUCGCAUCGACGGAACGGGUAACCAAGCCAUCGAACUGGCUAUCCACAAUGUCCGACUGGUUAGCCCGAACAAGCAGAUGUUCUGCGCUAGUUUCCGACUGCCGGCGGAGGUUGCUUUCCGGAAGUAA